AUGGCGCUGUGGCUCGGCACCUUGGCAGGAAGAUGUCCUUUCCUGUCCUGCUGCGUCUCCGAUCGAGGUUGGCGACAGGACCAGUUGUGGAGCAAGCCUGUCGUCGGUGGGCAGUGGUGCUGCUGCCUCAGUGGCAAGCAGGCCCCUGUCCAUACGGAGUCCACUGCAACAUCCGCCGAAUCAAGGUACCUCUUCUUCUUCCAAGAUGGACAUGGAGGUAUCUGUGCCGGGCCAGACACGGUUCUCAUGUAUGAUCUUCAGAAGAACAAGUGGAGCCCACCGACAUCUGCCCGAGCGACAAGAAGUGGCCACCAGGAAGAGGUUCACUGGCAACCGCUCUCCGCGGCGCAGUCGGGUGAACCCCUCAAGGCAGCCUUGAUAAAGGCCUGGAUCCUGGAAGCAAGCAUGGACUACGUGGCAUGGGCCCCGAAGUGCAGGACAGGGCUGCGGAAUCCGCAAAAGUGCCGUGAUAUGAAGUCAGUCCGGUCAGAGGGCCACACUGCGCUCUACUUCAUCUCCUGUACUGGCCAGGAGUUGGUGCACCACCUUCCCUGCGACAUGUCGAGGAUGACAGUGCAGAGGUACAACGACUAUGUGCUGUUUGUCAAGGACUUCGGUGACGAAGAGCUGGACCUUCCAGAUUAUCCACCGGAGUGUCCCUGCACAGCUGCAUGGCUCCUGGUGGCUGACGAUUGGACCGCUGGCCCAAUGGCCGCCAGAGCCCCAAGCUGCUGGGAGCCCCACGUUGGGCUUAGUGGCCACUGCAUGAACCCUUGCAACUCUCCGCACUUGGAACCGAGUCAAGUUGAAGCCUGCUUGCAGGCCUUUGGAGUUAGAAGGUCUUAG